AUGGACGUCUUGCGGUGCUACCAGACCAUCUGGCUCAGUUUGCCUGAAGCUAUCCGAGAUGGCCUGGAUGCAAACGUCAACGAACUACUCGAACGCAUCCAAGAUCUCAUGAAACAAAAGUCCUUUCCCUUCCCCGACCUCCUCCCAAGUGACCCUGUCCGCCCUGCCCUCAUCGACCCGCAAUCCAGCCAACAGAUAUCAUAUGCACGGCUACGAAGCUUCAUCCAAGACUUUGACCUUGGGUUACCAUGUCCAGCACAGGGCAGGUCAAGGGUUGCAGUGAUGCUUCCCAAUGGCCCGACCCUUGCCCUCGCAGUGAUGGCCAUUGCCAAUCGGUAUACCAUGAUCCCGAUGGCAAGGACAGUGGCCCCAGAGCAGUUGCGGGCCGACCUUGAAGAUGUCGAUGCGGACGCGAUCCUGAUGCUGGAGUCUGAUGUGUCCAAGACUCAGCUUGACUCCCAGCUUCCUAUAUUCGUCGUCAAUCCCCAGGCAGACUUGACGUUUACGGUCUCCUCUACGCGGCCAAUUGCCCGUUCCACAUUGCCACCCCCAGACAACAGCCCCGACGAUGUCGCGGUCCUGCUCUUUACUAGCGGGACGAGUGGAAAGAAGAAGCUCGUCCCUAUCACCGCGUACAAUCUCUUUGCCGGUGCAGUUCUUACCAUGGACAGCGUUGCUCUCACCGAGUCCUCUCGAUGUCUCAACAUGAUGCCCCUUCACCAUAUUGGCGGAAUGGUUCGCAGUCUCUACGCCCCGAUGCUGGCCGGUGGCACCACCAUCUGCUGUGCAUCAUUCGAUCCGAGUCUUUUCUGGGACGUCGUCGAGAAAUGGAGCCCGACUUGGUACUACGCAACACCCACAAUGCACCAAAUGAUCCUCGCCGAGUCCGAGCACCGCCCUGAUGCGCUGCGCCAGAGUCUUAUCAAAUUCAUUAUCAACGCUGGUGGCGGUCUUCCGGCCACGCUUGCCGUCCAGCUCCGUGAAGUCUUCCAAUGUGUGGUCAUGCCCAGUUAUGGAAUGACGGAGUGUGCGCCUAUCGCGUCGCCACCAACAGACUACAAGCUUGACCGUGAGGGUACCUCUGGUCGUCCAUGCGGUCCUGAUGUCGCCAUUCUUGGCGAUAGCCCCGGGAAGCGUGUCCCUACUGGAACAACCGGCCGCAUCUGCGUGCGUGGGUUCCCUGUCUUCCCUGGUUACCUGACAGAUGACGGCAUCAACAAGGCCGCCUUUGAAGAGGCUGGCUGGUUCGAUACAGGAGAUCUCGGCCACCUCGACAAGGAUGGGUACCUAUUCAUCACUGGUCGGGGCAAGGAAGUCAUCAACCGCGGUGGUGAAAUCAUCUCGCCGAUUGAAGUCGAGAACGGAAUUCUUUCUGCUGCCCGAGACCCGACUUCCAUUCUCUAUGGCCGUGUCUCUGAGGCUCUGGCAUUCUCUACUCCGCAUGAUGUCCUCCAGGAGGUCGUUGGAGCAGUGAUUGUUACUCCCCCAGGAAUGUCGCGACCUGAUCUAAGGCAGCUGCAUGAGGCACUGGGAGAGCGUUUGCUCCAGCCCAAGUGGCCAGUUCUGCUGGUCUACAUGGACAACGGCGUACCAAAGUCGAACAACAAGCUGCAGCGUAUUCGCCUAAGCCAGAGAUUAGGUCUGGAACCAUUGACUGACUCUGUUCCUGCUGCUGAAAGACACCUUGAAGCCAAGUGCCCUCCUCAAGGCACGGGUCUGAACGUGUCCAUCGCGCAUACAACGUGCCGCAUCGACGGCCACGAAGCCGAGCCUCAUAUCGAAGAAGCCUUGGGAAUUUCAGACAUUGCAAUGCGAUUCAAUCCCAUUGAUGGAUACCCACAGGCUGUUGUCUACAACCCGGUCGAGAAGCAGCUCACGCUCGCUACACUUGCGCAACUGCUCCGCCCGCGCGUUCAUGGAUACCUCAUCCCCAGCAGCGUCAAAGCACUUGACAGCCCAAUUCCCAGAGACGCCGCCGGGUACGUCGAUGACAAGGCUCUCGACGAUGCCAUUCGCAGUAUGAAUGCCUCGGAUUCAGACUCUUCAUCGGCCGAGUAUCGCGUGCGACAGCUCUUCGCGCAAGCCCUAAACCAAGACGUCGCUGAGAUCAGCGCAUCGACAGACUUCUUCGCUGCUGGCGGCGACAGUCUCAGUGCAGGGCGUCUAAUUUCAGCGCUCAGGCGUGAAUUUGGAAUCCGCCUCUCUGGCGAUGUUCUCUUCCUCCACAGCACUGUGGGCGAUAUGACAGCCAUUGUGGAAGACGCCUGUGCGAAAAAGAACCCAGACGAAGAGAUCAGCGACAAGGAUCUCCCAGGCUGCGAGAAGACGUGCAGUUCCACCAAUCCAAUUGUGCUUCUCAUUCAGCUCAUCCCCAUGAUCAUCUUCUUCCCCAUGCGCGCCGGUCUGCAGUGGACCAUCUUUGUCUUCCUCAUGGGCGAGACGGCGCGUCUGUUCCCCCCUGACAGCGUUCUCAUCGGCCGUCUGCUGCAUAUCGUGCUUAUCGGACUUGCUUCGCGAUUGGCAAUCAAUACGGUCGCGCCCAUUGGUGCGAUUCUUUUCAAAUGGCUUCUGAUCGGUCGGUACCGCGCUGGACUGUAUCCCAUGUGGGGGACUUACCACACGCGGUGGUGGUUGACGCAGAAGGCCAUUCGUGUCGCUGGCAGGGGCGUGUUCAACUACUUCGAAUGGAGUCGACGUCUGUACUAUCGCCUCCUGGGAGCGCAUAUCGGCCGCAACGUGCGCAUCCACGAGUAUGCCUCCCUGGGCGAGUACGACCUGAUCCGGCUGGAAGACAACGUCGUCGUCGAGAACUGCAUCAUCCGUCCCUUCGCAGUGGAGAGAAACACCUCGAUGCUCCUGCAGCCGAUUCUCAUCGGAAAGGGCUCUGCAAUUGGACUACGCACGGUCAUUGCGCCUGGUGCAAACCUUCCUCCAGACACAUAUCUCGGCCCCAACUCCUCCAGCUGGGAGACUGAUGGCGCCGAAGAGGCGAACAAGGAUCUCAAUUCUACCUCCAUCCCCAGUCCUCACUGGAUCUGGUCCCUGCUCCUCGUUGAACCCCUAGGGCUGCUCGCAGGGUUUGCAUACAGAUUGCCCUGGUUAGCUGGACUGGUGCCCAUUGUGAUGCAUUACCCCCUCCAGGAUGUAGAUAUGCUGCGCGUGAUUGUCUUCUGGUUCACGGUACCAACUCGAAUCAUGUACCACAUCCUCGCCCGAAUCUACUACGCCGUCGUUGGUCCGCUGGUAUGGUUUGUGGCCAUUCUAAUCAUCAAAGCCCUUCUGGAUCUCACCUGCGGGCGCGCACAGCCAGGCCCUGCCAACAAGAUGUCGAUGCGCCAGAAGGUGCGUCAAGCUGCCCUGGCCAAGGUCAUCCCCAAUGGCAGUCUCAGCCCCCUGACCCGGUUAAUCGGAAAGCACUACGAGCUGGUCUCGGUUGCGAUUCGCCUGCUGGGUGGUCGCGUUGGGAAGCGCAUCUACUGGCCCAGUGUUGGACCGGGCAUCCAGGACUUUGACCUCGUCGAGGUGGGCAACGACGUGGUCUUUGGAUCUCGCUCGUACCUGGUUACCAGCGAUGGCAGUGGCAGGGAAAGGGUGGUCAUCGCCGACGGCGCCAUGCUGGGUGAUCGCGCGACCGUUCUCCCUGGUGUGACGAUUGGCGAGAUGGCGAUGGUCGGAUCAGGCUCGCUGCUGCGUCGCAAUGGCUUCUUCCCUCCUGAUACAGUCUGGACGGGCAGCAAGAAUGGGAACGCCAUCCAGUUCCCGACCAUCACGAACCACAACGAGAAGCCUGAUAAGAUGGCAGGGGGCUGGUCUUCCUCGUCGACUCUAUCACCGUUUGGACGGGCCUUUUACCAGGGCAUGGCUGACUUCUUCGUCAUUGGUAUUCCCGGGAUCGUGGGAUACUCUACAUUUUUGACUAUUGUUUCAACGGUCUGGCGUCUUCUCGGUGUCCUCGCCGGGCUUCUUGUCCUUGGACACACUCUGCGACAGGAGUAUCGCGCCUUUGACCGCGAAUGGUGGCAGCCCUUCUCUGUCUACGGCCUGUUCUGUGCCGUCGUGGCUGCCGUCAGCUUCGUCCAGACCAUCAUUGGCGUUGCCUUGGUGAUCGGGACAAAAUGGCUGGUGAUGGGCCGACGCACUGAAGGCUCCUACCACUGGGACCGCAGCAGCUACAACCAGCGCUGGCAGUUCUUCCUCGCCGUGGAAGCUUUAAUCAAGGACAGCUACCGCGGGAUUGGCGUCCUGCCCAUGCUCAGCGGCACUGCAUACCUCUCAUUCUACUACCGGCUAAUGGGCGCAAUGAUUGGCAAGGACUGUGCUCUCCUCGCAAACGGGGACCCGAACAUCCUCCUCACAGAGCCGGAUAUGGUGACCCUCGGCGACAGGGUCGCUGUUGACGAUGCAAGUGUCGUCUGCCACUUGAACACUCGUGGAGAGUUUGAGCUGCAUCCCCUGGUGGUUGGAGAUAGGAGUGUCCUGCGGACUGGGUCCAGGCUGAUGUCUGGCGCGUCGAUGGGCAGUGAUGCGUGUUUGCUGGAGCAUACGCUCGUCCUGUCUGGGGACCAUGUUGAUGAUACGGGUGCCAUGCAGGGCUGGCCUGCUGAACCGUUUUCGGGCAAGAGGAUACAAUAG